AUGAACGAAGUUGAAGACCACGUGGCAUUUUUGAUCACGGUCCCCACCGCCCUGGCGAUUUUCUUCGCGAUAUUCAUCCUCGUGUGCAUCGAGUCCGUGUUUAAGAAGCUGCUCCGCCUCUUCUCUGUGGUCAUAUGGCUCUGUCUCGUCGCCAUGGCACACUUGUUCAUGUGUUUUGGAGGCACUGUCUCUCCCUGGGACCAGGUGUCAUUCUUCCUCUUCAUCAUCUUCGUGGUGUACACCAUGCUGCCCUUCAGCAUGCGAGACGCCAUCAUCGCCAGCGUGCUCACGACUUCCUCCCACACCAUCGUGCUGAGCGUCUGCCUGUCUGCAACGCCCGGGGCCAAGGAGCACCUGGUCUGGCAGAUCCUGGCCAACGUGAUCAUCUUCAUCUGCGGGAACCUGGCGGGUGCGUACCACAAGCACCUCAUGGAGCUCGCUCUGCAGCAGACCUAUCAGGACACCUGCAAUUGCAUCAAGUCCAGGAUCAAGUUGGAAUUUGAAAAGCGUCAGCAGGAGCGGCUCCUGCUCUCCCUGCUGCCGGCCCACAUAGCCAUGGAAAUGAAAGCUGAGAUCAUCCAGAGGCUGCAGGGCCCCAAAGCCGGCCACAUGGAAAACACGAACAACUUCCACAACCUGUACGUCAAGCGACACACCAACGUCAGUAUCCUGUAUGCUGACAUUGUGGGGUUCACCCGGCUGGCCAGUGACUGCUCCCCAGGAGAGCUGGUCCACAUGCUGAAUGAACUCUUUGGGAAAUUCGAUCAAAUUGCAAAGGAGAAUGAAUGCAUGAGAAUAAAAAUCUUAGGAGACUGCUAUUACUGCGUGUCUGGACUCCCAAUCUCCCUCCCUAACCACGCCAAGAACUGUGUGAAAAUGGGGCUGGAUAUGUGUGAAGCCAUAAAGAAAGUGAGAGAUGCUACAGGAGUCGACAUCAACAUGCGCGUGGGGGUGCAUUCCGGGAAUGUCCUCUGCGGCGUGAUUGGUCUGCAGAAGUGGCAGUACGAUGUGUGGUCCCAUGACGUCACCUUGGCCAAUCACAUGGAAGCCGGAGGGGUUCCCGGACGCGUCCACAUUUCCUCUGUCACCCUGGAGCACUUGAACGGGGCUUAUAAGGUGGAAGAAGGGGACGGCGACAUCAGGGACCCGUACUUAAAGCAGCACCUGGUGAAGACCUACUUCGUGAUCAACCCCAAGGGAGAACGACGGAGUCCCCAGCACCUCUUCAGACCUCGCCACGCCCUCGAUGGAGCCAAGAUGAGGGCGUCCGUGCGCAUGACCCGGUACCUGGAGUCGUGGGGGGCGGCCAAGCCCUUUGCGCACCUGCACCACAGAGACAGCAUGACCACGGAGAACGGCAAGAUCAGCACCAUGGAUGUACCAAUGGGUCAGCAUAACUUUCAAAAUCGCACCUUAAGAACCAAGUCACAAAAGAAAAGGUUUGAAGAAGAACUGAAUGAAAGGAUGAUUCAAGCAAUUGAUGGAAUUAAUGCCCAAAAGCAAUGGCUCAAGUCUGAAGACAUUCAAAGAAUCUCAUUGCUUUUCUACAAUAAAAUACUAGAAAAAGAGUACCGAGCCACGGCGCUGCCGGCCUUCAAGUAUUACGUGACCUGCGCUUGCCUCAUCUUCUUCUGCAUCUUCGUCGUGCAGAUUCUCGUGUUGCCGAAAACGUCCAUUCUCGGGAUCUCCUUCGGAGCUGCGUCUCUCUCGCUUGCCUUCAUCCUUUUCGUCUGCUUCGCUGGACAGCUUUUGCAAUGCAGCAAAAAGGCCUCCGCCUCCCUCCUGUGGCUUUUGAAGUCGUCGGGUGUCAUCGCGAACCGCCCGUGGCCCCAGAUCUCGCUCACGGUCAUCACCACGGCUAUCGUCCUAACCAUGGCCGUGUUCAACAUGUUUUUCCUGAGCGACUCAGAGGAAGCAAUCCCUUCCACCGCCAAUACGUCAAACACGAGUCUUUCUGCCUCGAGUAAUCAGGCGGCCAUUCUGCGUGCACAAAACCUGUUUUUCCUUCCGUACUUUAUCUACAGCUGCAUUCUGGGAUUGAUAUCCUGCUCCGUGUUCCUGCGGGUGAAUUACGAGCUGAAAAUGUCCAUCAUGACGGCGGCGUUGGUGGGCUACAACACCGUCUUCCUCCACACCCACGCCCACGUCCUGGACAGCUACAGCCAGGUCUUGUUUGAGAGACCAGGUAUUUGGAAAGACUUAAAGACCAUGGGCUCGGUGUCUCUCUUCAUCUUCUUCGCCACCCUGCUCGUUCUGGGUAGACAGAAUGAAUAUUACUGUAGGUUAGACUUCUUGUGGAAGAACAAGUUCAAAAAAGAGCGGGAGGAGAUAGAGACCAUGGAGAACCUGAACCGCGUGCUGCUGGAGAACGUGCUUCCUGCGCACGUGGCUGAGCACUUCCUGGCCAGGAGCCUGAAGAACGAGGAUUUAUACCACCAGUCCUACGCCUGUGUCUGCGUCAUGUUCGCCUCCAUCCCGGACUUCAAGGAGUUCUACACGGAGUCGGACGUGAACAAGGAGGGCUUGGAAUGCCUGCGGCUCCUCAACGAGAUCAUCGCCGACUUUGACGACCUGCUGUCCAAGCCAAAAUUCAGUGGAGUUGAAAAGAUCAAGACCAUCGGGAGCACAUACAUGGCAGCGACGGGUCUGAGCGCCGUGCCCAGCCAGGAGCACGCCCAGGAGCCCGAGCGCCAGUACCUGCACAUCGGCACCAUGGUGGAGUUCGCCUUCGCGCUGGGGGCCAAGCUGACCGCCAUCAACAAGCAUUGCAAUAAUGAUUUCUGCUGUGCCGCAGGCAUGAACCACGGCCCCGUGAUCGCUGGUGUGAUCGGCGCCCAGAAGCCACAGUAUGACAUCUGGGGCAACACCGUCAACGUGGCCAGCAGGAUGGACAGCACCGGAGUCCUGGACAAGAUACAGGUGACGGAGGAGACCAGCCUCAUCCUGCAGACCCUGGGGUACACGUGCACGUGUCGAGGAAUAAUCAACGUGAAAGGGAAGGGGGAGCUGAAGACGUACUUCGUGAACACGGAGAUGUCUGGGUCCCUGUCCCAGAGCAACCUGGCUGCCUGAAGAGUCGCCGUGUCGGUGGGAAGACCGUGUUUUCAGGAAGGUACAAUGCACUUUCUGACUGCAACUUUUGUCCCUCGUUUCUUGAUGUGCGUGCUCUGUCCUGUCCUCUGGAGCCUCUGCAGACUCAUUCCUGUGACCCGGUGGCAUUCCGUUUGGUGUGUGACGUGUGCCAAGAUCGCUCUGCCACUUGCACUGUGCUUACUCCUAAAGACAAGAGAAAGGAGUGUGAGAGAGAGGAGAAACGUUCACAGAGCCGCCACGGACGGUGGAGGCGAAACGAACACACAUUCUUAAGGCAAUAAAACUAGCGGGUGUAUAUUAUCUUCUGGUGCAUGUUCUUUUCUGGAAAAUGUGGUAGCUUGAGUCUCAUUAAAACACACAGUGUCUGUGAAUAAGUUGAUUCUCUCAGCCCACGUGGAAUCCGACUGUGUCCACCAGGGUCUCAUCGCCAGUGGCUGUCCGUGGGCCCCCUCGGGACCUGUGGCUUUGUCACCUUGCUCUGUUGUGUCGUGCCGGCAGCACGUAGCCAUCCAUCACCGGAAUUAGUUCUCACAACCUAGGACCAGUUUUGUACCCGACGCAUCUGAUGUUUUGAUGCCAUUGUCUUUUGUAAGGUUAAUUCAUUAAAAGUUUCAUGUACUUUG